AAGAUAACAGAAGGUGAGAGAAGGGAGGAGAAAGGUGGGAAGGGGGUACAGCAGCGAAAGAAAAAGAAGCGGCUUUUCGCGGAUGAGAACGCGCGCGCGAGAGAGAGAGAGAGAGAGAGAGAGAGAGAGAGAGAGAGAGGACAUCCUAAUGCGACAGGGGCUGCAGCUUGACUAAAUUGCGUAGCGCAGAAGGGGGGAGACAGGAAACAGCGAGUGAGCGACGACAAACGGAGAGAGGGAGAGAGAGAGAGAGGGAGAGAGAGAGAGAGAGGGAGGGACAACAAAGAUCUGUCAGAUGAGGCUAGAGACGCUUCUAUUAUCUGAAUAUCCCGUGUGGUCUCCUUUAUUACAGGGCGUUCUGAGCGGGCUGCAUCAGUGUGUCUUGCGCAUGAUCAGCAGUCUACACAUCCUUCUGCCGGGAGUGAACACGCAUCUCAGCAUCUCUCCGCCUGCAGAGAGAAAUAAAUAAAAACACUCGCUCUCCUCCAUUAAUUGAGCACAGUCAGUGCAUAAGAAGUCAGUGCGUCUCCAUACCAUCAACAGAACACUUCUAAACAGCACGGUCCUGCUAUGUGAACGCCAGCAAGGCUGUAUCACCACCACCUCAACAACGACCAGGCUGAGGCCUGGACACUGUGACCGCUGUGCGCAUUCACUUUCUUCUCAUGUUGCUGAUGAUGUACUGGGGUUCCUCUCAUUUUAAACUUGGCAAGGCACUGCUAAGCCACUUCUCAUUUCCUCCUGGUGUGGUGCUGAUCUGGUUCUGAUCCUGUUCGGUCCAGUUCUGAUCGGAGUGUGAGAAUGGUCCGUUUGCUGUUUCUGUUGAGCCUCAGCUCCUUAGCUCUGAGCUACGUUUUCGGCGGGGACGUGUGCAUAACGGGUCAUGACAGUGGACCAGUGUUUGAGGAGCAGCCCAGCAGUGUGGUCUACCCAGAGGGACUCAGUGAGGGCAAAGUCACUCUCAACUGCCAGGCUAGAGCCAGUCCUGCUGCUACGUACAGCUGGCGUGUGAAUGGUACAGAUGUACCUGUAGGGGACCCCCGGUACACGCUGGUAGCCGGUAACCUGGUGAUCAGCGGUCCCCAGUUUGGCCGUGACGGAGGUUCCUAUCAGUGUCUGGCCAUCAACCGCUGUGGCACCAUACUCAGCCGGGCCGCCAACCUCAAAUUCGGCUACCUCCAUGACUUCCCUGGGGAAGGGAGGAGCCCACAGAUGGCUUACGAGGGAGCAGGUGCCUUCCUGGCCUGCCAGCCCCCCACCCACUACCCAGCUCUGUCCUACCGCUGGUUCGUUAGCGAGUUCCCCAGCUUCGUGAAGCCUGACGGGGGUCGGUGGUUCGUUUCCCAGGUAACGGGCAACCUGUACCUGGCCAAGGCAGAGCCUAAUGAUACAGCAAGUUACUUCUGCUUCACCACCAUCAACAUGGACAUCAGCACCAAGAGUACCUUCAGCAAGGCUAACCAGCUCACCGUGCAGCCAGACGCCAACCCCAGGAAGUCAGCUCCUGCAAUCAAAGUGGGUUUUCCAGCAGAGACGUAUGCCCUGACAGGACACACCACCCAGCUGGAAUGCUUCGCCUACGGAAAUCCCGUCCCAAAGCUGCGUUGGAGGAAGGUGGAUGGUCUGUUGCCGUCUAAGGCCGGGGCUAGUGCAGAGGGACCCAUCCUCACUCUGCCUGAUAUGACCUUCCAUGAAGAGGGGGUGUAUGAGUGUGAGGCCUACAACUCAGAGGGCCGCGACACACACCAGGGACGCAUCACUGUGCAAGCACAGCCAGAGUGGCUGCAGGUGAUGAGUGACUCUGAGGUGGAGAUCAGCUCCGAGCUGCACUGGACUUGUGUGGGAGCAGGCAAACCAAGACCCUCCAUACGCUGGCUACGCAACGGACAGCCCCUCAGCACACAGGAACGGGUGGAGGUCAACGGGGGUCGUCUGAAGGUCAUCAACCUGGCCCUGGAGGAUUCUGGGAUGUAUCAGUGUGUGGCUGAGAACAAACACGGCACCAUCUACUCCAAUGCCGAGCUGAGGGUGCAAGUCCAAGCCCCAGACUUCCGCUCCAACCCAGUGAGGAGGCUGGUCCCAGCAGCCCGAGGGGGGCAAGUGAUGAUGGAGUGUCGGCCGCGAGCCGCCCCCAAACCCACCCUGUUCUGGAGCCGCGGCACUGAGCUUCUCACCAACAGCAGCAGGGUGACAGUGACUCCAGACGGGGUGCUGCGGAUCCACAACAUUAGCAGGGCCGAUGAGGGGAAGUAUACCUGCUUUGCUGAGAACUACCUGGGCAAGGCCAACAGCACUGGACACCUGUCUGUUAGAGAUGCCACUAAGAUCACCUUGGCUCCCUCCAACGCUGACAUCAAUCAGGGGGAGAACGUCACGCUGCAGUGUCACGCAUCACAUGACCCCACCAUGGACCUCACCUUCACCUGGGCUCUCAACGGAGCUCUGCUGGACCUGGAGGACCCCAGCGGACCGUACCACCGCGUGGAGGGGAAGGAGACCAUAGGUGAUCUGUUGAUAGUGAGUGGUCAGCUGAGUCAGGCAGGUGCAUACAGCUGUACAGCUCAGACCGUGGUGGACAGCGCCUCAGCCUCCGCUAAACUGGUGGUCAGAGGCCCCCCGGGACCUCCCGGUGGUUUGGUGGUGAAGAACGUUGCCGCGACGUCGGUGGAGUUGCGGUGGAGUCAUGGCUAUGACAACCACAGCCCCAUCGGGAAGUAUGUCAUCAUGGGUCACUCACCGCUGUCACCUGGUUGGAGGAGGAUGAGGACAGACCCAUCUAACAUUGAAGGCAAUGCUGAGUCGACUCGUGUGGUUGGCCUGUUGCCAUGGAUGGACUAUGAGUUCCAGGUCAUCGCCAGUAACAUCCUGGGUAGUGGAGAGCCUAGCAUGUCCUCUCACACCGUACGCACCCAGCAAGCAGCUCCCACAGUGGCCCCUAGUGGACUAGGUGGAGGAGGAGGAGAUCGCAACGAACUCAUCAUCACCUGGACGCCCAUGGCCAGAGAGUACCAGAACGGAGAUGGCUUUGGCUACAUCCUGGCAUUCCGGAAGCGGAACUCUCAGACGUGGGUGGUGGAGCGUGUUUCCAACGUGGAGUCGUCUCGCUACGUGUAUUCCAACCAGAGCCUAUCUCCAUACUACCUCUUUGAGGUGAAGAUCAAAGCCUACAACCGUAAAGGAGAGGGUCCCUUCAGCCAGAUCGCUCUGGUGCACUCUGCAGAAGAGGAGCCCACGGUGGCGCCCUCGAGGAUCAACGCCACUGCUCUGACAGCGUUCGAGAUGCAGGUAUCGUGGGACCCCAUCCAACAUCUCAGCACCAACGGCAUCCUCCGAGGCUACGAGAUCCGGUACUGGCGUCAGCAUGAGCGGGAGGCGUCUGCAGACCGUGUGCGUACAGCUGGGCUGGAGACGACAGCUCACGUGGUGGGACUGAGACCCAGCACCCGGUACCAUGUCACUGUACUGGCCUACAACAGCGCUGGCACUGGACCAGCCUCACCCAGAACCACUGUCACUACCAGGAGACCACCUCCUAAUCGUCCCCCUGGCAACGUGUCCUGGAAGACUGAUGGCUCAUGGGUAACUGUGAGGUGGGAUCAUGUCAAGACCCUAGACAACGAAUCAGCCGUACUGGGUUACAAGGUCCUGUACAAGCACGAGGGCCAGUCUGCUCUGAAGGUUCUGGACAAGGGGAAGACGUCUGUGACCCUGCCCCUACCCAAAGACAAUGGCUACGUGGUCCUGGAGAUACGCUCCUGGGGGGAGGGGGGUGACGGAGCCGCACAAGAGACCAUCGUCUCCCGAGACUCAGGAACUGGAAUGAUGGUGCAGAACCAGGCGGGCUCCCCAUGGUCCAAUCACGCUCCUCUCCUGCUCACCGCCACACUCUCCAUCACUCUCAUUGGCUUACUGGACCUGUGAUCUACAACAAUCCCUGGACAUUAUGUUUCGUGGUCUAAGCCGAUUGGUCAAAUUCACCGAUCUGGAGUUUUGUUGGGGUGGGGUUAAGGGACGAAUUUGAACAGGUGGGGAGGGAUGUGUGGGGUCAUAUUUUGAAGCAAGGGGGAUGGUAGGAGUUGUCAAAAUGACUAAUGGUUAUUUUAUUCUUCUUUUUAUAAGAAAAUCAAAGAGGGUAAUUUUUUUACAUGUGGGUCUGUGGUGUUUCAAGGGGGUCAGACUACCUGAUUGUCAGUUACAUUGGUGUCAUUAGAACCAUGCCUUAUGGGGAUAAGAGAGGCCUUUGUGCUUUACAGCAAUAGAUCACGCUCUCCAUGUCUCCUGGCUUUCCCUACUCUGCUAUAAACUCAAGGCUCACUGGCGUAUGUCACCCAAAUCAGCCUGUGUAUGUAGAACAUCAUGUGUACAUACCAUAGAGAAUGAUAGAGGACUCUAGUGCCCAAAAGCACGUUUUAGCAUGGGUAGUUGAGGACUUUCACCAUUUGGAAGUAGUCAAAUGGGUGGGACAUCCUAUGGGUUAAGGAAGGAUCACAUACUUCCAUCCAGGUCAUCAGGAGGGAUCAGCCAAUGGUAUACCUGUGAGCAAACAUUACAUAACUGCAGGUGGCAGUAAAUCCCAAACCUUCGCUUUAUACAUUUUACAUUUACAAUUCAGUCAUUUAG